UCGCCAAACUUUGUGCGUCGGCUCUUCACUUUCUUCCCUCUUAUAAGCAGAGAAAGUUUGACAAGUGUGCUUCAGUUUCUUCAUAGUCUCUCUUUGCUUUGGAUUUGGGGACUGGUCUUCAGAAGCGACGGUGUGAGCGAUCCUUCUUUGGGUGUCUCCAGCUAGAUCUCCCUCAAGAUGGGUGACUGGAGUGCAUUGGGAAGGCUCCUCGACAAGGUACAGGCCUACUCCACCGCCGGCGGGAAGGUCUGGCUCUCGGUGCUCUUCAUCUUCCGGAUCCUGGUACUGGGAACGGCCGUGGAGUCGGCUUGGGGCGACGAGCAGUCGGCUUUCCACUGCAACACGCAGCAGCCCGGUUGCGAGAACGUGUGCUAUGACAAAUCCUUUCCUAUCUCACACGUGCGUUUCUGGGUGCUGCAGAUCAUCUUCGUGUCCACCCCUACGCUUCUGUACCUGGCGCACGUCUUCUACUUGAUGCGCAAGGAGGAGAAGCUCAACCGGAAACAGGAGGAACUGAAGGUGGUCCAGAAUGACGGCGGCGACGUGGAGCUCCACCUGAAGAAGAUUGAACUCAAGAAGCUCAAGUACGGCCUGGAGGAGCACGGCAAGGUGAAGAUGAAGGGCGGUCUCCUGCGCACGUACAUCGUCAGCAUCUUUUUCAAGUUUAUCUUCGAGGUGGCCUUCCUGUUGAUCCAGUGGUAUAUUUACGGCUUCACCCUGUCUGCCGUCUACACCUGCGAGCGUAUUCCUUGCCCCCAUCGCGUCGACUGUUUCCUCUCCAGGCCCACGGAGAAGACGGUCUUCAUCAUCUUUAUGCUGGUGGUCUCUCUGGUCUCGCUUUUGCUCAACGUCAUCGAGCUCUUCUACGUGCUCUUCAAACAGAUCAAGGACAAGGUGAAGGGAAGGCAAAACGAGUACGCCACCGGCACCCUGAGCCCCACUCCCAAGGAGAUGUCCACCACAAAGUAUGCCUACUACAACGGCUGCCCCUCGCCGACCGCGCCGCUCUCACCCGUGUCGCCUCCGGGCUACAAGCUAGCCACCACCGACAGGACCAACUCUUGUCGCAAUUACAACAAGCAGGCCAACGAGCAAAACUGGGCCAACUACAGCACAGAACAGAACCGUCUGGGCCAGAACGGUAGCACCAUUUCCAAUUCGCACGCCCAGGGCUUCGACUACCCCGACAACACGCACGAGCACAAGAAACUGCCGCCGGGCCUCGAGCUGCAGCCGCUAGCGUUGCUAGACGCCCGGCCGUGCAGCCGGGCCAGCAGCCGCAUGAGCAGUCGAGCGAGGCCCGACGACCUGGACGUGUAGCCACGUGACCUCGCGCCAAGCCACUGCGCUAGAGGACUGACGCGGUGAACGAGACGAGCCCACUUCCGUACGAAGGGGGCGGGGCUAAUUCCGCACAAGUUCCUCACUCUAGACUCUAGUCGAUACAGAGACAUUAAAUUACUCACACUGCUGGAGGUACUAUUCAUUAACAAUGAUGUCGAAACUAGCACAGCUAACCUGCCCUAACAACCCAACAGCAAGGUGCUCAAGAGACUGUGAGCCGAACCAAGUCCACCAGAAUAUGUGAUUCGUUUCGCUAGUAAGGGUUUAUCACAAUGCCACACGAUGAUUCGAUUUUAACACGUCGCACUCCUACGUGUCGUAUUUUAACCCCCGCCGCUUUCAAAUCGGUGUCGUCCAACAGGGUGUUUAAAACGUUUCAGAAUUAAUAUUUAUUUAUUCAUAAAGAUUAACAGGACAUCCACCACUACAUGAAGAUUGACUACUAAUCAAGGUCAUGUUUAGAUAACUAAUACCAUCCAAUUGCAUAUUUAUUGACAAUAAUCCAAAUUUCUGCAAUAAUUUGUUUUUUUUUAUUCAGCAAAUAAGAGUUUCGAUAAUCAUAGUGGACUGUCAUUUUCCUGAUAAACUUUGAAUUUAUGUGGUGUUGGUUUUGUAUCCGAUGACAUUUUAGUUUUUUUAUGGUGGUGGUAUGAAACAGAAGCGUUUUAUGUGUGGACUUUCUUUCUUUUUUUGUAUUUUGAUUUUUGCUAAUGUUGUGUGCUAUACAGUCUUGGUAAGAAUGGCUUUGUUUUUUCUUUUUUUUUCUGAACGGGCAGAUGGAUCGUAUUCGGUUUGAUUUAGACUGAGUCGAAUUAAUGUCUUACCUUUGAAGUGAAUGACUUUUAACUGAAUAUAAUCACUGCUGCUUGAGAGAUAGAGAUUUAGUACUGUAAAUCAAGCUAACUAUGUUACAAAUGUGAGUUUUUAGAAGACUGCUUGUAAGAGCUGGACUAAUAUUUAGUCAGUUAUAUUAAGAAAUAAAUGCCAGCGUAGCUCCAUAACUACCAAACGCUAGUAGACGAUAUUUCAUUACGGACAUUCCUCGUUCCAUUUCCAAAUGUUGCAUUAUGGCACAUCGGUACUCAUCUGCAGAGACUCACGGAUAUUUCAGCUACAAUGGUGUUUGCACUGAGAGUUUGUCUAGGGUGUUAUAUGAUGCAAAAAUGACAAAAAAGUUCUCUGUUAUGCACGAAACUAAUUUAUUUUACAACACACUACAAGGCAUAAGGUCACUUUUACAGUGCACUCACAGAAUCGAUGGGUUUGAGCAACCUGAUCUCACAAAAUCUGUGAAAUAGUCACGCAAUAUUUUUUUCACUAUUUUACAUGUCCGUGCGACUUGCCAUUGUCGCUUCGGUUUGGGGUUAGAACGACUUUCUGUCACAUAAAAUGACAUCCUUACCCAAACCCAACUCUAACCCUAAUGUCAAGCGACAAUGGUUUAAAAAGCAUAGUAUAAAUAAAUACUUAAAGGAACAGUAUGUAAGAAAUUUAUAUCAAUUAAUCAUAAAAUGGCCCUGAUAUGUCACUAGACAUUAAGAAAUCAUUUUCAUUUAAAAUACUUAAAUCACUGACAAAAGUGGUCUGGCCAGGAUAUUGUCAUUUAAAAAGUGGAGUUGCAGCCCUCAACUGAUGUUUAUGUUGUCAUUUUGUAUAUUGGCCACUAGCUGUGUGAUUGCAGUACCAGUUUUAGCCACAAGUUUUGUGAUUGCAAUACCAGUUUUGGCCACAAUCCUACAUACUGUUCCUUUAAAGUGACGCAAACAGCAAAUCUAACCCCAAACCGAAGUGACAAUGGUUUAAAAAUGGGAAAAAUAGUUGAGUAACCAAUACGUGAAACUGACACGAAAAAAAAGGAUGUGGCACGGGCCCGUAAAAUGGUGGAAAUGCGUGACAAUGACACGCAAAAAUAUUGUGGACUAUUUCACGGAAAUUUGUGAGAUCAUGUUGGUUUGAGUGUCUUGUGGGCGAGAUUUUACAUCUGGUAAAUAAUGCAAAAAAGUAUAUAGGGGUUUGAAUUGGUUUUAAAUUGAAACACUGAUGUAUGUCAUUCCAUGGGAAUCCAGUCCACUGUUGUACAGUGUGCAUGUCAGUGGAAAAAACAUGCAGUCGUAACAACAAAAAGGACGAUAAUCAAAUCUGUGAAAAGCAAUUUAACCAAUAAAGAUUUUUUUCUUUGUAAUCCUU